CGUUGGGACAUGGCAGGUGCCACUUCCAAUUGCAAAGCUUCAAACUUGAAAUCAAAUUUCCGAACUUUCUAACACUCUCUGUAUGAAAUGUGCUUCCUUUUUUUGAAGCAUCUCAAAACACACAAACUUUACGGAAAAGGCCACACGUCUUCAUCAUUUCAUCGUCUUUUUUCGUUUCAAAACAACCUUAGACUUGGUCCCUCCCUAUAAUAAUAGUAUCACAUUUCUCCUCUUCCUUUGUUCCUUCCAUGUCCAAACCUAUGUUUAUGGGACCUGGUGAAGUGAGUGGUGACUACCCCUUUUGCCUUUUCAUAUAUAUAAGCUUGUGUUGUGUGUGGGAAGUGAAAGAGAAUUUGUAAUUAGCUGUUAAAGAUGAGUGCUUUAUCUAAGAAGAGUGAAGAAUUUCGGAAGAAGAGAGAUGGGUUGGUUAAGAAAGAGUCGUUAACUGAUUCCACUGCUGAGUCAAGAGAAAGCAGUUUCAGUGGAUCAAAUUCAAGUUCCUCAUGUUCAUCAAAUGAAGAAGCAAAAGCAGCAAAAGGGUCUUCUUCUCCAUCUCCACCUGCUACUCCUCUUGGAUGGCCUAUUCUGAAAGCUGCAGUUUCCAUCAAGAACAUCAUUUGGAUGACACAAAAUUUAGUAGUAUUGGUUCAAAAGUGUCAGAUGCUGAAAUGAUGAAGGAAAAAGGUUUGCAAAAUUGUUGCUUGGUUCACAUGUCAGGUUCUGGGAGAGGGAAUGUACUGCUUUGGCCAUCUCAAAUGCUAUCACUAAUCUGUGCGAAAAGGAAUCGAAGCAAGAAGCUAACUAAGAAGGCGACUACUUAAAAGCAAGAAUGAGUCAAGAGAAUUCAGAUGUGUUGAGGAUGAUAGAGGCAGAGCUUUUUGUCGACGACGACAAUGUGGGUGGUAAUCCGCCGCCUCAGCCCCAGCCUGAUUGGGAUAUGGAGAAGAUGUUAGAGCUGAUUGCCGGCGACGUGGGUGGUCAUCAACCACUUCAACCUCAACCUCAGUCCAACCUGCACUCAGAUAAAUGGAAUAUGACAGAGCAGUUGGAUAAUCAACCACCUCGUUCUUGGAACGACAACAAGGAGAACACGAAGAAGAGAAGAAGAAGAAGAAGAAGGAGUGAAGAGCAAUCAGAUUCUGCAAUGAUGAAUCCAUGGGAUAUCAGAGACCCGUACGAUAUGAUAGACUUUGAUGCCGACGAUGAAGCACCGCAGUUUCAGUUUGAGUGUCCGCCUCUGCCUAAGCCCGUCUGGAAUGGGGACGAAAACAAUGUAGGUGAGCCGUGUGCCAUGGACGUGAGUGGUAAUGAACCACCUCAGCCAGUUAUUGAUGAGUGUUUCCCGGAAGUUAUGAAGAGGACAGAGCAGUAUUGGGGAAGCCCAUUAUCUGGUUCUCAACCACUUCAGUCUCAGUCUCAGUCACGUGCCAUUGACGUGUGUAGUAAUCAACCACUUCAGUCUCAAUCUCAGACGGAUAUAGUAAGGACGCUGACGGAUGAGUUUUUCGCUGACACCUGUGGUUAUCCACCACCUCAGCCUCAGACUCAGUGGGAUACCAGUAGGAACAUGUUAGAGCUGAUUCCAGAUGUCGGUGGUCAUCAACCACUUCAACCUCAACCUCCGGUCUGGACUUGGGAGGAGAAUAAAGCAUUUGAGUCAAUUAUUACCAGUUGUUUUCAGGAUGAUAUCCAGAACCGCUGGGAGGACGUGGCUGCUCGUCUCCCCGGCAGGACCCCGACACAGCUGCAAGAACGCUUUCAGAAGCUGAUGAACGACAUCAAUACAAUGACCAUCAUGAUGGAACACAACCCUCUCUCCAUCCCUAUCAAUGCAACAACACCACCACCACCAUCACACCCUUAUUCGACUCAUCAUCAUCACAGGGAGGAGCUCGUGCCAGCUGCAGAGGAGGAGGUAGUGCCAACUGAACAAGAGGAGGCAACACCAACAAAGACAGGAUAUCAUUGGACCGAAGAUGAACAUAGAAAUUGUACCUUAUUCGAAGAUUUUUAAUGGAUGGAGGAGGAUUUGCUUAAAGGAGGAAGAAAAUGUAAAUGGUUGCACAUAUCUAAUUGCCCUAUUUAAGUUGCACAUAUUUAGUUCGAG